UGCGCAGGCUGGGCACUCUGCAGGGCUCUCUGGCCGGCGGGUGGAGACCGAUCCCGGAUCUGUCCCAGCAGGAAGCGUAUCCCGGCCGCCGUCGUGCUGUCGUCUCCGGUGCUCGCUCUCGGCCGCGGUGUCGCGCUCGCUCUUCGCGCCCGCAGCCCGGCAGCCUUUCCACGGCCGCGACCCCUCGCGCACCUGCCUCGCCGGACAGUUCCUUAUAGAAGAAUUCCUGUAAUGGGGCCUACCCUCCUGAGUCCGUCUGGUCUGCUGAGAGUAUCAUACUGGAGAUAGUGGAUAAUCUCCUUCAAAAUGGAAGAUGGAAAGCCCGUUUGGGCACCCCACCCCACAGAUGGAUUUCAGAUGGGCAAUAUUGUGGAUAUUGGCCCUGACAGCUUAACAAUUGAACCUUUGAACCAAAAAGGCAAGACAUUUUUGGCUCUCAUAAACCAAGUAUUCCCUGCAGAAGAGGACAGCAAAAAAGAUGUGGAAGAUAACUGUUCACUGAUGUACUUAAAUGAAGCCACACUCCUCCACAAUGUCAAAGUUCGGUACAGUAAAGACAGAAUCUAUACAUAUGUGGCCAACAUUCUGAUUGCAGUGAAUCCAUACUUUGAUAUACCUAAGAUAUAUUCUUCAGAUACAAUAAAGUCAUAUCAAGGAAAAUCUCUUGGGACGAUGCCACCCCAUGUCUUUGCCAUUGCUGAUAAAGCUUUCCGAGACAUGAAGGUGCUCAAGAUGAGCCAGUCUAUCAUCGUAUCUGGAGAAUCAGGAGCUGGCAAGACAGAAAAUACAAAGUUUGUUCUAAGAUACCUGACAGAAUCUUAUGGAACAGGUCAAGAUAUUGAUGAUAGAAUUGUUGAAGCUAAUCCACUUUUAGAAGCAUUUGGAAAUGCAAAGACUGUUCGCAACAAUAAUAGCAGUCGAUUUGGAAAAUUUGUAGAAAUUCAUUUCAAUGAAAAGAGUUCGGUUGUUGGAGGAUUUGUUUCCCAUUACCUUCUAGAGAAGUCUAGGAUCUGUGUUCAAGGCAAAGAGGAGCGGAAUUACCACAUUUUUUACAGGCUGUGUGCUGGGGCUUCAGAAGACAUUAGGGAGAAGCUUCACUUGAGUUCCCCAGAUAAUUUUCGGUAUUUAAACCGGGGCUGCACUAGAUUCUUCGCUAACAAAGAAACGGACAAACAGAUUUUACAGAACCGAAAAAGUCCUGAGUAUGUUAAGGCAGGUUCCUUGAAGGAUCCUCUAUUAGAUGACCAUGGAGAUUUUAUCAGGAUGUGCACAGCCAUGAAAAAAAUUGGUUUGGAUGAUGAAGAAAAACUUGAUCUGUUUCGAGUUGUAGCUGGUGUCCUGCACCUUGGAAAUAUUGAUUUUGAGGAAGCCGGAAGCACUUCAGGUGGCUGCAAUCUGAAGAACAAAUCUGCCCCAUCCCUGGAAUACUGUGCUGAGCUGCUGGGUUUGGACCAAGAUGAUCUUCGAGUCAGUUUAACCACUCGAGUCAUGCUCACCACAGCAGGGGGCACCAAAGGAACCGUUAUAAAGGUCCCCCUGAAAGUGGAGCAGGCAAACAAUGCUCGUGAUGCUCUGGCAAAGACUGUCUAUAGCCAUCUCUUUGACCACGUGGUGAACAGGGUAAAUCAGUGCUUUCCUUUUGAAACAUCUUCUUAUUUUAUUGGAGUCCUGGAUAUUGCUGGUUUCGAGUACUUUGAGCACAACAGCUUCGAGCAAUUUUGUAUCAACUAUUGCAAUGAGAAACUCCAACAGUUUUUUAAUGAAAGGAUCCUGAAGGAGGAACAAGAACUGUAUCAGAAAGAGGGCCUGGGUGUUAAUGAAGUCCAUUACGUGGACAAUCAGGACUGCAUAGAUUUAAUCGAAGUGAAAUUAGUGGGAAUCCUGGAUAUUCUGGAUGAAGAAAAUCGUCUUCCCCAGCCAAGUGACCAGCACUUCACAUCUGUGGUUCACCAGAAGCACAAAGACCACUUCCGGCUCACCAUUCCCAGGAAAUCUAAGCUGGCAGUCCACAGGAACCUCAGAGACGAUGAAGGCUUUAUCAUCAGGCACUUUGCAGGGGCCGUGUGCUAUGAGACAACCCAGUUUGUGGAGAAAAAUAAUGAUGCACUACAUAUGUCUCUUGAAUCCUUGAUAUGUGAGUCCAGGGAUAAGUUUAUAAGGGCAUUAUUUGAGUCAUCUACAAAUAACAACAAAGAUACAAAACAGAAGGCUGGAAAACUUAGCUUCAUCAGCGUGGGAAACAAGUUCAAGACACAAUUAAAUUUGCUUCUGGAUAAACUUCGAAGUACCGGAGCCAGCUUCAUCCGCUGCAUCAAACCCAACUUAAAGAUGACAAGUCAUCACUUUGAAGGCGCCCAGAUUCUGUCUCAACUUCAGUGUUCAGGUAUGGUGUCUGUGUUGGACCUAAUGCAAGGGGGUUUCCCUUCAAGAGCCUCGUUCCAUGAACUCUAUAACAUGUACAAGAAGUACAUGCCAGAAAAACUUGCAAGAUUGGAUCCGAGGUUAUUUUGUAAGGCUCUUUUUAAAGCUUUGGGAUUAAAUGAAGUUGACUACAAGUUUGGGCUGACAAAAGUAUUUUUCAGACCUGGCAAGUUUGCAGAAUUUGAUCAGAUUAUGAAGUCUGACCCUGAUCACUUAGCAGAGUUGGUGAAAAGAGUCAACCUGUGGCUAGUCUGUAGUCGCUGGAAGAAAGUUCAGUGGUGUUCGCUGUCAGUCAUCAAACUGAAAAACAAAAUAAAAUAUCGAGCUGAAGCAUGCAUUAAAAUGCAGAAAACCAUCCGAAUGUGGCUUUGCAAAAGGAGGCACAAACCACGCAUUGACGGCCUGGUUAAGGUGGGCACACUCAAGAAACGACUUGAUAAGUUCAAUGAAGUCGUAAGUGCGCUGAAAGAUGGAAAGCCGGAGGUGAACAGACAGAUCAAAAAUCUUGAAAUUUCUAUUGAUGCUCUAAUGGCCAAAAUUAAGUCCACCAUGAUGACGAGAGAGCAGAUACAGAAAGAGUAUGAUGCACUUGUUAAAAGCUCGGAAGAUCUCCUCAGUGCACUGCAGAAAAAGAAACAGCAAGAGGAGGAGGCAGAGAGGCUGAGGCGCAUCCAGGAGGAGAUGGAGAAAGAAAGGAAGAGGCGUGAAGAAGAUGAGGAACGUCGGCGGAAGGAGGAAGAGGAGAGGCGGAUGAAACUUGAGAUGGAAGCGAAGAGAAAACAAGAAGAGGAAGAAAGGAAGAAGCGGGAAGAUGAUGAAAAGCGAAUCCAGGCUGAGGUGGAGGCACAGCUGGCAAGACAGCGGGAGGAGGAGUCCCAACAGCAGGCGGUCCUGGCCCAGGAGUGCAGGGACAGGGAGUUGGCCCUGCGCAUUGCCCAGAACGAGUCGGAGCUCAUCAGUGAUGAGGCACAGGCUGACAUGGCACUCCGAAGCUUGAGUUCCUGUCCAGCAACUUCUAAAACUAAUGGAACAAGACCCCAAAUGACACCGGAACAAAUGGCCAAAGAAAUGUCAGAAAUUUUGAGUAGAGGUCCUGCGGUGCAAGCUACCAAGGCUGCUGCUGGUACCAAGAAACAUGAUCUCAGUAAAUGGAAAUACGCAGAACUACGCGAUACAAUCAAUACUUCCUGUGACAUUGAGCUCCUGGCAGCUUGCAGAGAAGAGUUUCACAGGAGACUGAAAGUGUAUCAUGCUUGGAAAUCCAAGAACAAGAAAAGAAACACUGAGACCGAGCAGCGGGCUCCCAAGUCGGUUACUGAUUAUGAUUUUGCACCAUUUUUGAACAGUUCACCUCAGCAGAACCCUGCAGCUCAGCUCCCUGCCAGGCAGCAGGAGAUUGAGAUGAACCGACAGCAGCGUUUCUUCCGCAUCCCCUUCAUCCGCCCUGCGGACCAGUACAAAGACCCUCAGAACAAGAAAAAGGGCUGGUGGUAUGCCCAUUUUGACGGACCCUGGAUUGCUCGGCAGAUGGAGCUGCACCCUGACAAGCCACCCAUCCUUCUUGUAGCUGGCAAGGAUGACAUGGAGAUGUGUGAGCUGAAUCUCGAGGAGACUGGUCUGACUCGCAAGCGUGGUGCUGAGAUCUUGCCCAGACAGUUUGAAGAGAUCUGGGAGCGUUGUGGAGGCAUCCAGUACCUUCAGAGCGCCAUUGAGAGCAGGCAGGCCCGGCCCACCUAUGCUACGGCCAUGCUGCAGAACCUGCUCAAGUAGACGGCAGGGUUCCAGCCCAGCCCAGACCCUCCCAGGCGGGGAGGUGACCCGAAGGUUCACCACUUCCUUGCUCCUGGUAGAAAUGCCUUAUGCAAAGCGAACAGAUUUUAUUAAUCAUGGAUUUUGUUAAUUUGUUCAAGGUUAAUUAAGGUUGAGGUACUGGAUUCAGGGCCUACAGAAAGAAAAGCCCUGAUUCCAGCAGUGCCCCUCCCCUGCCUGCUCUGUGGUGGGGCUUUCUGCACCCAGACAGUUGCUGAUACUUCUUGCUCCGCACACUGAGUAUUGUCAAGGACAAGACUUUUUUUUUUUUUUUUUAAAUUCAAAACAUUUGACUUUUUAAAGGAAAGGAUGUCACAGUGCCUUUAUAACUGAGAUAAUGAAAUCUUAGCUUAAUUUUGUGCAAGAAUUAAGGUACUUGAAUUGAUUAAGGCACAGAUGUGUUUGGUCUAAAAAGCUGUAUUUUGUCUGCUUUUUCACAAAUCUAUGGAAAUUGAUUUCCCCAUCUUGCAGUGUGCUUAGCACCCACGAUCCCCAAGUUCUAGAAUUCUGGAAAGAGCCUUCAUGUAUGGAAUGUCUUCUGUGCAGAGGAGGUGCUCAGUGUAGGCGGCUCAGACACGGGGUGCUUCUCUACAAGGCUCUGUGUUACCCUUUGGACCCCCUCUUCCUAAUCCAUGUUUGAGUAAAGGACGUUUGGAUUCCUUGGAUGACUGGAGUUUUUGAUACAGCUUUGUUUCAUUUUGGAAGGGAUGCAGGGUUGAGGUGGUGUUCUGUGACUCUAUUGGACUGAAUUCCAAUGUUUUUUCCACUUCAUCUCAACUGCAGUCUCUCAGUUUGAACCUUGUCCAAGUUAUUUCAUGUCACUUAAGCUGGUGUACUGCUUUGGACAGCUCUCUUGCCCCUUUCCCUCUUCCGGGCAUCUAUUUUGGCCUUGGAGACAUGGUAGAGCUGCUUUGUAAACUUUGUAAUUCCAGAGCCCUUGUACUUAGACACAGUUGGUUUCACACUGCAGGAAACCUUUAAAACACUCCCUUUGUGUGCUGUUUACUCCUGAUCAGAUGUCAGCAGCUGGGCUAAUAUUUACAACUUUAAUAUUAGGAAUUUAGAGACAAAAAUACAUCAAGGAGUUAUGUUGACACCCAAAGGAGUCUUUGUAUUUUAGAAUACAAGUAGGAAGUAAAGCUAUUCUUCACACUCCCCUUUGUUUUUAAAUACCCUGAUCUUUGAAAUUGCAGGAUUUUUUCCCCCUUAGAUUCAUGCUCAGAAGCCUCGGGUACUAUUGUCAGAAUUGCUCCUUUCAAAGUGUCAUAGUACUGAAGUACUUAUUUAUUAUGAUGACAUUGUGGAAAUGAUUGUUUUGUGUUAAGGAAAUUAAGUGGCCUUGUCUCUACUAAUAAUUGAAAAUGUGAAUGAGGUUUUCUUAUGGAGGCUGUCUUACUGCUUAGACUUACCCUCUGUUGGUCCUGUGAUUGAUUGCAGAGGUGUAGUUACUGAAAUAAACAACCCGUUCUUCCUCUUUCAUCGCUCACUUUUGAUUGGUGUCUUUAUUUGUGCAGGAUACUGAGUAAGUUUUAUUUCCUAUGCAAAAUGAAUAUAGUCCUUGGGAGGUGGAUCUAGUGGCCUAAUGCAUUCUUAGUGAUGUGUCCGCUUAGCACUGUUCUCUGAAGCACUUGUAUACAUCCUCUGGAUCUGUGAAUAAGCACUAGAUGAAAAAUCAGUCCAAAAGUGGGAAUUAUGAUAAUGACAUCUUAAUAUUUUAAAGAAUUUAUAGGGAAUGAACGACAGCAAAGCAUUGUUGAACGUGUGGGUUUUGACUGAUAACGCUGUCAUCUCCAACCGUUUCCUUCCUCAUUAUGUCACCGUGCUGGCCUACAGUGUAGACUUUCAGAUCAUCUCCUGAGUUAAUUUUGCCAAGCAGGAGACCUGUCCUCAUUCAGGCAGGCUUGAGCUUCUGCAUGUCAUAGCACCCAGAUCCUCCCAGGGAAACUUUAGAGCAUCAUUUUUGGGGACACAGCAGAAAUGAUGUUCCACAAGACCUUGAUCCAGCUUCUCUACCCUGUUUCAUGGGUUCAGGUCCACAAGGGCUAUGCAAAAAUUUGAGGCAUCCCAGUCAAUUAACUCUUCUUUUAGUCAGCCAUUUAAAAUUUAAGUUUAAACCAGUGUCUUGUACACAAAGAACUAAUUUCUCUAAUGUUUGUCAGCUCCAGUCUCUUCCACCACAGUGAGUGUACAUUUAAAUAGAACACAAUAACAACAGCAGCAGCAGCAGCAGCAAAAUGAUGACCAGUGUUUCCAUGUUAAAUUCAGUUGUGACACAGUACACAAUGCCAGCCGCACAGUUAGUGGGAAGAUAUGCUCUCAGCGAGUACAGGGAGUUUCUAAAGGCCUGGUAUGUUCCAAAAGAUUGAGCCCCUUCACUGUCACGGAGACCACCUGUGCACAGGUGUGUGAGAAGAAGCAAAAUAAAUGAGCACUAGUGUGCCCUAAAAGGUGACCAGGGAGUCAGGGUCUCACCCUGGCCUGUAAAAAGCCUUAGCAGGCCAGUGAUCCCUUUGGUUUCACAAGCAACUAGGAAAACUGCUUAAGGCAAAACUAGGAGUUGCUUGUGAGAUUUAGAUAAUAGAAACCACAGGCAAAAUAAUAAUAGGAGAUGUUUAUUACAUGUGAUCUUUAUUAAUUGGUUUUUUUUUUUUUCAUGCUCUGGAUUGAACCCAGGGCUUCAUACAGGUGAGGCUCUACCACAGAAGCACCUCCCUGGACUUUAGUUGGAUAUUUUUGGAAGACAGUUUCACUCACAGGUUACUAAUGUGGUUCUCAGGGGACUCCCAUAUGUAGACCUUUGGUUUUUUUUUUUUUUUUUUUUUUUUUAAAUAGCUUUAAAAUACAUGGUCCAGCAGAAUAGUUAUUGGACUAACCAGUCAGUUAAUACUAAGUUAAUGAUAAUUUUAUUUCUUUAUAUGAAAAAAGUUGUAGCAAGCCAGGAAGGUCAUAUAGUUUUUGAUACUAGACCAUGAAAAAGAUGUAAAUGCCUUUGCUCUAGCUGUGGAGCGAAAACAGUGUUUGUCUGCUCAGCUGAUCCCUGGAGACUUACAAAGGGAUGUUCCUGUACCUUACUGUUUGUCCUCAAUACCGGUAAAUAAAUAUUGAGUUUUAAUUGCUUCCAGAAGACACGCUAACAGUGGAGGGGAGGAGAGGGCAGAGGACAUUUAACAACGAGGAUAAGGAUGGGCUGUGGGGACAGUGAUAAGCACAAGGGCAGAGGAGAGCAUUCAUGGAAGAGAAGGGAAAUCUGCAUCUCCUGAAGACUGCAUGUCAGUGGGGAAACACUCAGACACCCUCGACAACCAACACUCUUGGGUCCUUGCUGAGUUUUAAGAUGUAUUUGCUACAGCUUAGAAGCAGAGAUUAAGGUUGGUAAACUUGGAUCGUGAGUCACCUGGCAUGUAGAUCUUAGCAUUUAAGAAUGGUGCCGGUGAACUGGAAAAGACCAGGAAAGAACUUGGCAUCUUUUAUACAAUCCGAGUGCAAGGGCCUGCUAUGUCUUCUGACAAUUUGGUCCAAUUCAAAUCAGUGUCUUGUUUCCCCAGCACUAACCUGUGUAUGAAAUAACUUUGAUUCUUAGAUGUAUUCUAGGAGAUAGUUAGGAAAAAUUAAUGCACAUUGAAAACUGCAUAAUCUUUAAUCUUAAUUUUCAUCAAUAUAGAAACUCAAAGUCAAACUACAAACAGGCAUAUUAAUCGGCCAUCUUUCCUUUCACUUCUGGAAGUUUGUCUAUCUGUAAUUGAUAAUUUUUAUUCAUUUCAUGAAAAGUGUGUGUCUAAUACUUUCCUAAAACACUGAUGUACUGGAAAUUCAAAUAAAUUGCCUUAUGUGUAGAACA